CUUUCUUUCUUUCUUUCUUUUUCUUUCUUUCUUUCUUUCUUUCUUUCUUUCUUUCUUUCUUUCUUUCUUUCUUUCUUUCUUCCAACCCCUCUCCUGCCGCCUGCCCAACCCCUCGCCCUGGCUGCCUGUUGGCUGCUCAAGAGGCAGGGAUGGGGCUCCACCCAGGGGGUCUUCCCCCCUUACCUCCCAACCCCGGGGGCCAAGCGGUCGCCCGCCCCCCAGGAGAUGCAGAGCAAAGGUGACCCCGUUGAGACCAUGGUGUUGCCCGUCCCCGGGGAGCCGGGCGAGAACCUGCGUCGGCUGCGGCUGCGGAAAGUCUUGCUGGGGGAAGAGCGGAAGCUGGCCGGGUGGGCGCUGGGCACUGCCCUCUUGGGCAUCCUGCUGAUGGUUUUGCACACUGAGCUGGCCUGGUUCGGACACUGCCAGUGGUUUGCCUAUUCUUUCUUGGUGAAGUGCCUUAUCAGCCUCUCCACAGCUGGUCUACUCAUACUUAUCCUGGCCUUUCACAUCAAAGAGAUCCAGCUUUUCAUGCUGGACAACUCCCUGGGCGACUGGCAGAUCGCAGUCAGCACCUCCAAGCUGGGUUUCCUGGCUGUGGAGCUCUUGGCCUGCUCCCUUCAUCCCUUCCCCCUGGGAGAUUCCCCCUGCCUGGACCCGAAACCCAUCAGGACAUUUGUCUUCCUCUCUGACACCGACAUGAUCCUGUCCCUGCUCAUGUUCCUCCGGCUCUAUCUGGUGCCUCGGGCCGUCCUCUUGCGGAGCAGCGUGCUGGGCGACGCCUCCUACCGCAGCAUUGGCUCCCUCAACAAGAUCCAUUUCCAGUACCCCUUCGUGCUGCGGGUGAUGGUGAACAGCCAGCCGGGACGGGUGCUGCUCAUCUUCACCGUGGGCCUCUGGAUCAUCGCCUUUUGGGUGCUGUCUGUCUGCGAAAGACAGCACAUGGACGAUGAAGACUACCUGGGCAGAACAGUUUGGUUGAUUCCCAUCACAUUCCUAACCAUUGGCUAUGGGGAUGUGGUGCCGGUAACAGUGUGCGGCAAGAUGGUGUGUUUGUUUACUGGUGUUAUGGGGGUCGGCUGUACUGCCCUUCUGGUGGCCGUGGCUGCUGAUAAGCUGGAGUUCAACCGGGCCGAGAAGCACGUCCACAACUUCAUGAUGGACAUCCGGUGCAGCAAAGAGAUGAAAUGUUCAGCUGCCAAUGUGCUGCAGGAGGCUUGGUUGCUAUACAAGCACACGAAGAGGAAGGAUGGGCGAAGAGCGCGCCAACACCAUCGAAAACUGCUGUCGGCCAUCUGCACGUUCCGGCAAGUUCGGGUGAAACACCGGGGGAUUCGUGAUCAAGUGAAUGCAAUGGUGGAUGUUUCGAAGAUGCAAAUGAUCAUGUAUGACCUCAGCUCCAGCCUUAGCAACUCUCACCGGGAGCUGGAGAAGCGGAUCGAGGCCUUGGACAGCAAACUGGAUGAGACCAUGAAGCUGCUCUCAGCCCUUGUGGAGUCCAAGCAGCAGCAGCAGCAGCAGCAGGAGGCCCCGUGACCCCCCACAACAGCAAGGCCAACAAGCUAUCAACCGAGAUAAUUUUUGAUCUCAGGAGUUUGGACCAUCCGCCCAGCAAGGAAGCUUCAGGCCAAAAGACUUUUUAUGAUGGACUUUGUGGUAGAGUGGAGGGUAGGAAAAUGAAUGGACUCUACUCCCACCUUGUGGCAGAGGUGAAUCACUACAGGUUUUUCCAAAAAUUUUUUUUAAAAAAACAAGCUUCUUUAACAUACUGCAAAUAGAUUGAAAAGGACGGCAAAAGCAGCGCUUGGGACUUUUGACUCUGUGUUGAAAGCUUCAGAAUGCACGUCCAGAGAUCGACGGCAUCUUGCAAGAAGCAUUCUGGAUGCAGACCAGAAGAUGGAACGUUCACUUUGCCCCACACUUUGGGAGGGUUUCAGUUUUAAAUUAUGGGAGAGGCAUGAAAUAAUGCGCUUGAGCGAAAGGAACCCUGCGGUGGCAUUCAAGAUGGGAUCGGAAACCGCAGGAAGCAACCGGUGGAUUGUCACACACCGUCUGUAUGAUAUGGGUGGGAGCAAGAGGCCUAAAUACAGGCUUCUGAACAACCAUUUGUCUAGUCACCUAUGGCAUGUAACAGUUGCCUCUAGGCGACCAAGCAGGGAAUGUUGUUUGUACCGACUGACAAGCGUUUUUAAAAAUAAUUUAGGCACUAAUUAAUAAUGUAGUUACACAAGGGUAGGAAGAUGAAGAUCCAUGGGGUAUAACUCUGGAAUUAGUAAAGUCUAUGCAAGUUUAGGUCGCCAAGGGUCGAGAACGACUGAAUGGAUAACACCAUCAUCAUGCAAGCGUGCUCUUAAGUGAAUGCUGCAUGGGGUGGGACAGAGUGCCUUAAACCAUACCAAGUGCAAAGCAAUUAGAUAGUGAUUACAGGGCAUCUGAGACCAGAAGCAUGAAGUUCUCCACACUGCCAAGCCAUUGAUAGAAGACCUAUGGCACGGGUGCAGAAUUUAUUUCGAGCCCUCGGUGCUUUACACACAGAGUUC